AUGUCUUUAAUAUUAUACUUUUCUCCUUCAUCCCCCCCUUCCAGAGCAGUCCGUUCAUUACUUCUCUUGUCAAAGGUUAUAUUUUAAGGAAAGAUUGUUGAUUUAAUGAAAGUAGAACACAAAACUCCUGAAUAUUAAUACAUCAAUCCAAAUUAAUAUUUGCCAGUAUUGAUUGAUGGAUCAUUAAAACUUUUUGAAAGCCAUGCAAUACUAAAAUAUCUAGCAUCAAAAAAGAAAUUGACAUAAUUUUAUCCAAAAGUAUUAGAAAUUACUAAAUAAUAAGGAUAUCCAAAACAGAGCAAGAGUUGACUGUUAUUUAGAUUGGAGUUAAACAGGAUUAAAUGUUAUAGAAACAUAUACAAAUUAAUGUUACCUAUUUCCAAUGUUGAUGAAAAAACCCAUUCCAUAAAAUAAAGAAUAAAUGUAUCAAGAUACAAUUGAGACUCUUAAAUUCUUUGAAUCCAUUUUUUUUUAGGGAAGAUACAUAUAAAAUCAACCAUCAAUAACAAUAGCUGAUUUAAAGUACUUAUAUAAUAUAUUGGAAGAUGUAUUGCUGAUUUGACCCAACUACUUUUGACAAACUUAGAUUUCAAUCAAUUUCCAAAAAUUAGAAACUAUCUAUAAGAAAUGUUCUCAAUUCCAGAAAUAAGAGAAGCAUAUGCUGAAUAUUUGGAUAUGAUUUAAAAUACUAAACCUAAUGAUUCUAUAUCUUAUAUCAUCAGCGGAAUUGAUAAAAGAUAAAAUUGGCAAAUCAAUUUAUAUCAUCAUCCUUUCUCAUCUCCCUCCAGAGCCGCUAGAACUAUAUUGUUAUACAGUGGAAUAGAAUAUAAAGAAAAAAUUAUCUAUAUUUAGAAAGGGGAAAAUAAAACUCUUGAAUAUUAAGCUAUUAAUCCUAAUGAAUCUCUCCCAGCUAUUUAAGAUGGCAAUUUAUGUUUAUUUGAAAGUGGUGCUAUUAUGAAGUAUGUGGCUCAAAAAUUUAAAUUAUAUAAACUUUACCCAUUCAAUUUUGAAGCCAAAGCACAAGUUGAUUAAUAUUUUGACUUUCAUAUAAAUGAAAUGCAAUUUCUUACUAAAUAUGCCUUUUCUUGUUUCAUUGGUCCUGCUCUUAUGAAAUUGCCAAUACCUUCUAAUAAAGUUUAAUAAUUAAAAGAUAUUAAAGUUACUCUUGAGUUCUUUGUGAAGGUAUUUUUAAAUAAAGGUAAUUGGGCUUUCAUAAAUGGAUCUUCAAUUCCUACUUUGGCAGACAUUAGAGUUUGUUGUGAUUUAGCUCAAUUAUUUAUUACAGACAUUCCUUUUGAAUAUAUAUUAGGUUUGGAUACUUAUAUCUAAAGAGUAUUUCAAAUGACUGAAAUGAAGAAAUCUCAUAGUGAAUACUUCCAAUUUUUAUAAAGCUAAAAAAUUAGUAAGUUUGCUUUACAAAUUACUUAAAUCCAAGAAAUUGUAAAAUGUAAUGAAAAAUUAACUUUAUACUUUAAUUUUGUAUCUCCCCCCCUCUAAAGCAGUAAAAUCCUUGUUAAAUUUGGCAUAAAUAUCUUAUACUGAAAAGGAUAUUGAUAUAUAAGGGGGAUAGAAUAUAAGACCUCCUUAUAAAAUUAUAAAUCCAAAUUAGAGUCUACCAGCUAUAACUUUUGGAGACUUUUGUUUAUUUGAAAGCCAUGCAAUAAUGAAAUUUAUUUGCAUUCAAUUUAAUUUGAUAGAAUUCUAUCCUAAUUAUCCUAUGAGAAGCAAAAUAGAUUCCUUUUUAGAUUUUCAUCAUACAGGUUUCAAAUAAUUUACUUUAUAUUUAAUGGAUUUCUUUUUUGGUCCAAAAUUUAUGAAAAAAUAAAUGCCAUAAAAUAAGGAAGAAAGACUUAGAGAGAUAUAUGAAUUACUUCAAUUUUUUAUAGACACUUUCUUAGGAGGAGGACAUUACAAGUAUAUUAUGGGAUCCAAGACUCCAACAAUAGCAGAUUUAACGUAAAUUUAUUAUUUAAAUAUAGAUUUAUAACAGAGAUUUCUGGUUUAUUUUUUUGUUGAUUUUGAUUUUACACCAUUCCCUUCUUUAAAAAAGUAUUUAAGAAAUCUAUUUGAAAUGAAAUAUAUUAGAGAUACUUAUAGCAAAUAUUUUUUGGUAGCAAGAUUUAUGACAUCAUCUAUGAAUAAUUACAUUACUUCCUUAGUUAAAGGAAUAAAAGAGGGAGAAAAUGCAUGUUGUGAGUUAAUUUGA